UACAAUAUGGCGGCACCCGUGUGGCCGUAGAAACAACGUGAUUUCUUUGCACAGUUAGCAGCUAAAAUAAAAAAAACAUCCAAAAGUUCAAUUCAACCUAGUUUGCAUCAGGAGACAACACUUCGGCAGGACUACUCUGAUUCAUUUAGGUCUCUAAAAGACAGAAGUCAGCAGAGAUGGCUUCGUUUAAACCUGUUAAAGUCCAGACGUAUCCAAAACUAGGAGAAAGGGUGACUGAGGACACGCUGUACUGGAAAAACUACAAGGCUCCUGUGCAGAUAAAAGAGUUCGCCGCUGUAACAAAAAUUGAGUUUUCUCCGCUGCCACCUCACAAUUACGUAGUCACAGCCUCCACCAGAAUCCAGGUGUACGGACCUCACUCACUGGAACCCGUGCGGACUUUCACUCGUUUCCAUGACACAGCAUAUGGAGGAAGUUUCCGUGGUGAUGGAAAGCUGCUAGUAGCAGGGAGUGAAGAGGGGCUCAUCCGACUCUUUGACACUGGCGGCCGUGUAGCUCUCCGACAGUUUACAGGGCACUCUAAGGCGGUGCAUGUGACGUCAUUCCUCUCUGAUGGCUAUCGGGUGUUGUCUGGCUCUGAUGAUUUGUCGUGUCGUGUGUGGGACGUGGCCAGUGGCACCGAGAUGAACUCUUACACUGAACACACUGACUACAUCAGAGCUGCUGCUGCCAGCAAACUCAACCCAGAUCUCUAUGUCACAGGUUCUUAUGACCACACGGUGAAAUUGUUUGAUGUGCGAGUAGGAGGCAGUGUAAUGACCAUGCAACAUGGUCAUCCUGUGGAGAGUGUUCUGCUUUACCCUUCAGAAGCCCUGUUGGUGUCCACAGGAGGACGGUAUGUGAAAGUUUGGGACUUGUUGAAAGGAGGACAGCAGCUUGUUUCUCUGAAGAAUCAUCAUAAAACAGUCACAUGUGCGUGUCUAAGCACCACAGACAACAAACUACUCACAGGCUCACUUGACAGGCAUGUGAAGGUCUAUAAUUCCUCUUACAAAGUUGUUCAUAACUUUGACUAUGCAACUUCCAUCCUUAGCCUGGCUGUUGCGCCUGAUGAUAAGGUGAUUGCUGUUGGGAUGACAAAUGGUGUGUUAAGUGUCAGACACAGGAAACACACCGAAGACAAACAGGAAGUACUUGGUAAAAGGAGGCGUAGUCCAGCAUAUCGGGUGUUCAUCAAGGGGAAAAACUACAUCCCUAAACAGGACGAUUUCUUGGUCAGUAAAACAGUCAAACAGCAUCUACAGAAACAUGAUAGACAGCUGAAGAGCUUCCAGGUGUCUAAAGCACUAGAUACAGCACUAGAGACAUGGAGACGGUUCAGUAAACCCGAAGUGACGGUAGCAGUGAUGAUGGAGCUGAACCGCAGAGGAACACUGAAGAACGCUCUUGCGGGACGAGAUGAGCAGAGUUUAACCAUACUGCUCAAUUUCCUCAUCAAGCACAUGACAGAUACACGGUUCUCCCGCGUGUUGCUGAUGGUAGCGGACAUGGUCAUUGAUCUGUAUCAUCAGGUGGUCCCACAGUCCCCUGUUGUCGAGCGACUACUGCAGCGUCUGAUGGAGCUUCUGGGUCGUGAAGCAGAGCUUCAGCAGGAGCUUCUGCAGGUACUGGGAAUUAUGGACACCCUCUUUGCCUCAUUGACCCCACGAAAAGAGGUGACUGGCCCUGCGGCCCCACCCAUCAUGCAGGGGUCACAACUACAGGCUGCCUGACAUGGACUAUGAGCAUCUUGAUGUGGUCAUGGGACCCGAAAAACAAAACUGGACUUAAAGGAAGACAAGUUGGCUAACCCACAAACUAGGUCUUAAGGCCAGGCAUUUUGUGACUUGUGUCUGAAAACAGCAUCAGGGAACGAUCACGGUGUCAGUUUACCUGUAUUUUAUAUGUGCAUAUAUAAAAAUUUAUU